AUGUUUAGGGAUGCCCAAAAUGAAAAUAAAAGGCCAUAUUGGAUCGAAGAUUGUGUUUGGAACGAUCUAUUAUCACAUUGGAAUGCACCUGAGUAUCGUUCCAAAUGUGCACAGGCCAAAAAAAAUUGGGCAUCUGAAAAGGGUGGGUGUAUGCACACAGGUGGUUCUAUCAGCUUGCAGGAUCAUGCCAUUCGCUUGUCAGAGGAGCUUGGUCAAUCUGUACAUGUAGAUGAAGUCUUUCAGCAAACUCAUUUACGAAAGGAUACUGAAGAAUUUGAGGCUAGACUAUCUCAAGCCAGGUCUGAUGCUGCAUCAAGUGCUGGUGAAUCCCAACUCACUCCCUUAGACCUUGCUGAAGAACAAAGACUUGUGAGUCGGUGUUGGGUUGCAGUUGCAGGACCAAAGCAUAAGGGACGCCUUUAUGCUACUGGAGACCUUGCUCAUACUUACAAAUGUGGAAAUGACAGCUUCAUGCAGCAUACACAUGGAUCUUCCAGUCUUGCUGAAGAUGCUGCAGAGAUUAAUCGCCUAAGGAAGGAGCUGCGUCAAUCAAAAGAGGAGAUACGCAUUUUUCAGUCAGUAGUCCUUCAGUUCCUGCCUCCAGAGGCGCAGAACAUUAUUCAACAACAACAACAACAACCUCACCAACAGCAGGCAGUUGACCAGUAG